AUGGGUCUCGGUGUGCUGGACGAUCAUCACCUCGAGCAUGUGCCUGGCACGGCGCCGCUGGCGGAUAUGAUGGAUGCGGAGCAUCAUCAAUACCACGGGCGCGACACCUCCGGGCUCAAGCACGGCACCGGCCGCAACGCAGACAUCGUCCUCGUGCCCCAGCCCUCCGAGUCGCCGCGAGAUCCGCUCAACUGGCCGCAAUGGAAGAAGGAGCUGCUCCUCCUCAUUAUCAGCAUCGACACCGCCGUCGUCGGCGCCUGGGGCCCCAUGAUCUCGCCCGGUUUCGCGGAGAUGGCCGUGCAGUUUAACAUGAGCUAUAAUUCGCUCAACGGUGGCCUCGGAUGGGCCAUCUUCGCUAUCGGAAUCUCCUGCUUCGUGACGAACGGGUUGUCGGUCAAGUAUGGGCGGAGGCCGGUUAUGAUGCUGGGCAACCUGAUGCUGUUCAUUAGCAGUGUGUGGGCGUACCAUGCUCACACGUAUGAGAGUCUGCUGGCGAGUCGGAUCUUUGGCGCUAUCGGGAUGAGUCCUUUUGAAGUGCUCACUACAGCGGUCAUCGGCGACAUUUACUAUGUCCAUGAGUGCGGUCUGAGACUGGCGUUCUGGGGGCUGUGUCUGUCUGUUGGUGUUGGCGGUGGAAGCUGCAUCAGCGGAUACAUCAUCCAGAACCUCGGUUGGAACUGGACGUAUGGCAUUUGCGCAAUCUUCUACGGCGUCUUCAUCAUCCUCAUCUUCUUCUUCGUCCCCGAGACGGUGUACAAGCGCGACCCAGCCUACAACCUCGAUCUCGGCACCACGGACCACACCGAGGAGAUGCUGGACGCCGCAAAGACCAAGGAUGCAUCGAACAUCCGCUCAGUCCGCGUCGAGCCUAUUUACACGGGUGCAGACGAGAAGCCAUAUACCUGGUGGGAAGAGCUCCGUCCAGUGCGCGGUGUCGAAAGCGAUGAGAACCUGCUCGAGAUUAUUGUGCGCCCAUUCGGCAUGCUGCUCUUCCCGCAGGUCUUCUACGGCUUCAUAACGUACGGUCUGUCGACGUCGUGGCUCGUGGUCAUGGGCGGCGUGCUCGCGCAGCUGUUUACCGCUCCGCCGUACAACUUCAGCGUCUCGGCCGUCGGCCUGAUCAGUAUCUCACCGCUGGUUGCGGCGCUGCUCAGCAUCGUCGCCGGGCCGCUGAACGACAUGGCGGUCAAGCAGCUUGCGCGCUGGAACAAGGGCAUCUACGAGCCCGAGUUCCGCCUGUCGCUGAACGUGUUGACGCUGAUUCUCGGCGUCAUUGGCUUCUUUGGCUUCGGCGCGACGUUGCAGAACCACGAUCCCUGGGCGGGGCCGGUGUUUCUGUACGGCCUCAUCUACUUCUCGAUGGCGUUCUUGAAUAUCGGCAUUUACGGCUACAUCACCGAGUGCCACCGCUCCAAGGCGCCGGAAGCGUUUGCGUCGCUCAACCUGCGCAACAUCUACUCGUUCGGAAUGAACUACUUCAUCAGUUCUUGGAUCACGAGCAUGGGUCCGUUGCAGGUGUUCUCGACCAUUGGCGGCCUGCACAUUUUCAUCCUGCUCCUCACUAUCCCAAUGUGGAUUUUUGGCAAGAAGUGCCGCAGUAUGACAGCGCGUGUCCCGUUUUUCAAGAAGCUGCAGGGCCAUUGAGGCAUGGAGACUGUGGUGCGGCCGGUAAAGUAGGAGGCAUGAAGCCGGGGAGAUGCCCAGUUAGGAAGGAGGAGCGGCGGAUCGCAAGUACUGUGUACCUAGGUAGAACACCCCAUGUCAUCAGGGGUGAUGCAAACAGAGGACGAACCUCGAUUCUUUGCGUAUACUGUACUGUGUCGUCGUCUUGUGCGAGUAAAUACGGGGAGGUGCCGCUCGUGACGUGUGACGCGAUAGGUGACGAGAUUGUGAUCAACGAGGGUCCACGAAAAGAGCGCUGAAACCUCACACAAAGCACCGCGGCCGUUGCAUCCGCCCGCGAAGGCCCUCCAUGUUCGUUCUGAGGUGAUGGAUGCGCUGGCACCGGCAAGACGCAAGACGGCAUCUGCGACCCCCCCGCCGCCGGGUCCGGUUCCGGCUAGCUCCCUUCGCUGGGGCGCAGCUCUGGGCUUGGGUGGAUCCAGGGCCGGCGCGGUGCCUGAAAGUCUUGGUCUUGU